AUGGACGAAGAAAAAGUACAAGCUUAUGCAGAUUUAGCAGCCCAAAUGAUGGAGCUGCAUGCGUCGAUUGCAGUACUGGCACAGAAUGUAGAGAAGAUGGCAAAAACAGAUGAGGAGGUUACUGAUAUGACACGUAUCUUCAAUGGAGUGUUGAAAAACGCAGCAGAGCAGACAAACUUUCGACAAGCGUCACUGUCUGAAUAA